UUCUGAAAAAAAAAAGUCGACUAGCGGUACGCUGUCGUUGGCAGUUCCCCUGCCACUUAUAAAACAUUUGCUUUUGAUUGCUCGCUUUAAUCCCCGGUGGGCGGGUGGUAUCGGCGUGGCAACUGAGCUGGGGGGUGGCUUCAGAGUCGGACAGGAAAAGAAAAAGGAAAAAAAAGAAGAUUGUGACAGCGAGAAAAUAAAACGACAUGGCUGCGAUUCGUAAGAAGCUGGUGAUCGUAGGGGACGGUGCUUGUGGAAAGACCUGCCUGCUGAUUGUGUUCAGUAAAGACCAGUUCCCAGAGGUGUACGUGCCCACUGUCUUUGAGAACUACGUGGCAGACAUUGAGGUGGACAGCAAGCAGGUGGAGCUGGCCCUGUGGGACACGGCUGGGCAAGAAGAUUACGAUCGCCUCAGACCGCUGUCCUACCCCGACACCGACGUCAUCCUCAUGUGCUUCUCCAUCGACAGCCCUGACAGCUUAGAGAACAUCCCUGAGAAGUGGACCCCUGAGGUGAAGCACUUCUGCCCCAAUGUGCCCAUCAUCCUGGUUGGGAACAAGAAGGACCUGCGCAACGACGACCACACGAGGCGCGAGCUCGCCAAGAUGAAGCAGGAGCCGGUGAAGCCCGAGGAGGGCCGGGACAUGGCUAACAGGAUCAACGCAUACGGAUACCUGGAGUGCUCUGCCAAGACAAAGGAUGGGGUGAGGGAGGUGUUCGAGAUGGCCACACGCGCCGCACUGCAGGCCAAGAAGAGCAGGAGGAAGAACGGGUGCCUCUUACUAUAGAAGAGAAGAACAGCAGCCAGCAGAAAUGUACCAGCUUCAUUCUUCUGUCAUUCGCCUUCCCCACUCACCAGCUACCCUGAUUGAAAGAGCUGGCGCAGAAACGUACUCAAACAGGUGCUGAACUUCAGGCCUUUAUACCGUCUUGAGGGGCUCUUAUAAUGCAGCACCGCCCUCCCCCAGAUCCCCUCUCCCCUCUGGUUGAGUUUGGUGCUAGCUAACCCUUUUCACACAGCAUAUGACUCUUAAGUAGCUUCAAAUUUCAUUUCAUUUUUUUAACAUGUGUUCAGUGAUUCUGAAUAGUUCUGGAUUCUGUUAUAAUCGUUUUUACUCUCCAAACCUGCCUUUUCCUGGCUUUGAGUUUACCUUUAGCUUGUCUGGAAAGUCCUUUGUCAGGACUGAACAGCCUUCCUCAUUCCAUUAAAAUCAUGUGUCCCCCAUAUAACUCUGCCACCUCCUUUACAUCUAAGUAGACAGAGAGUAGGAGGGGCUAGUUGAAAGGUCACAAUGACACGUGAUUUGAAUGCACUGAGGAAGGCUGUUCAGUCAAAGCACUUAGGAUUCUCCAGACAAACUCAAAAGUUAGUAAGAGAAAAAAACUCAAUCUUGUAGCAGCCCAGAAGCGCUCAGAAUGAUUGCAAACACCGUACUGUAAGAGCAAUGACAUAGGACAGUGUGUAGCCCUCACAACUGGUUUAAUUAUUAUUAUUAUUAUUAUUAUUAUUAUUAUUAUUAUUAUUUGAAAUAAAAUAUCAGGGUCCAAUUACAGGGAUGUAAAGUAGCUGAUGUUUCUGUGUAAGCUGUGAUGAAAUGUUUCUGUUUUCCUCUAAACUGUCUUUCCUAAGCUUUUCCUCCUGUCUUAAAAUACCUGUGUAUGCCCAAAUCCUGUACACUUUCAUAAAUCUUUACUUUCAUCCCUGAAAUUAGAUACACAAUUGUGACACCAGCUCUGGUCUAUCAGGGUUGAAAAACGGUUAAAGGCACUGAAUUGAACUGGAUAGGUGAUGGGAAUAUAUGAUACUGUACUGUUUAUAGUCGGAAAUGGAAGUGUUUUGAUUUUCCCUUCAAAACCAUGCGCAAGUUUGUUAAGCCUUUACUCAUCCUUACUAACUGGGUUUUAAAGCCACGGUUCUCAUUGUGUGUGUCUAACCAGACCUGCCCUGCUGAGUGAUGUACUGUCUGUUCCUGGCUUGUGCAGUUUAAGACAGCUACGUGAGCCUGCAGCAUUCGCGCAGUGCAUAAAGACCACUUCAUAAACAUUCCCAAACAACGCAUGCUGCAGUGAUGAAGGUUUUUAAAACAGAAAUAAGAAGAAUCUGGGGGAUUAGGGCGAUAAUAAUGAAACCUAUUUUACUGUGCUUUUUAGGAAUAGCUUAUAUAAAAGGCUCUUCGUUGGAAACUGGUCACAUUUUCAUGCCGGUGUGUUGUUGGACUCUGCGCUCCCAGUGCCCACACUUCCCUGGCACACGCCCCUACAUUGACGUCUGCCUCACUUUGUGUUUUUCUACUAUUACUCUGUAUAUUUAACCCUGCGUGGAAUUCUACUGGCUUGUACUGUAUCAGUAAUACCCUCUUGCACUCUAGAAAUCCUACCUUUAAAAAAAAAAUAAAAAAUUAAAACAAAUAUAUAUUAAUAUUAAACAAGAUAACUUUUUUAAAUCUACUGUGCAUAACUUUCCCUUUUGUACAAG